AUGGCGGACCAAGAGUGAGUUUGAGAGAGAUGCAUUGCGCAGUAACACCUGCUCAUCCGGCUUCUUCCUGCAGAGAAAUCCAACGCCUCCGUGGCAUUCUGCUCCACCGUCAAGCACAGUAUGUGAUUCUUGAAGAGUUCUUGUGGGGACUGGUGGAGGACUUGGAGAGAUUGGAGAGGGAAUUGGCGCAGCUGGAGGCCAGGGACAGCCGUGUGAGUGUCUUUGUCACGCCCCUUUUGCAGCCUGUAUGCUCACCGAGGACAUUGCAACAGCCACGCAUCUCUUUGCGUUUGAUCAAAUUCUACAAAGGGCUCUUGAGGAGGCAGCAGGAGUCGAGGUUCUAA